AUUUCGGCUCCAAGAACUUCUCGUAGGACGAUUUUUAGACUUUUCUUUCAAGAAAAGCCUUACAAAAUCACUGAUAUUGGUAAAACUCAGUAAAACUAUAAUUUAGCUAGUUUUCUUUCAUCCGAACGUGUGAGAAGUGUUGUGUCAGUAAGGAUAUUUGUUGUACCGGUGUUUUUAGACUCGCCCCCCUCCCCCCUGGGUGCCUAGGCGACGUUUACAGAAGUGGAGUUCCACAGUUGGGUCUAUGGCGGAUGACUCGGACUCUGAUCAGGGAACCAGGAUUCACGUCAACCAACAUUACGACGAGUCGCUAGAAGUAGCCAACGCAGAGGAGGUGGCGAGUCAGUACGGUGUGACGCCCAGUCCCCGCGUACCGCCGGGACCAGCAGGCCGACCGCACCGCCCCGGGCCAGGGGAGAGUGCCACGCCCACACGCAGCUCCACAGAAGGAGCCAUGUCCGACAGCGACGAGUUUGAGACUGGGGAAACCCCUCGGGACCCUCGAGACAUGGGAGGCCAGGGGACAGCACAACAACAACAACAACAGCAACAACAACAACAACAGAGGACUGACUCAGAUGAUGAUGAUGAUGAUGACUCGGACACCUCUAACGGUGAUGAUGAUGAUGAUGAUGAUGAACACGCCCAGGUGGAGGGCGCGUACGAUCCCGCUGACUACGAUCAUCUGGCCGUUACGCCAGAGAUCAAGGAUCUGUUCCAGUAUAUCACAAGAUACACCCCGCAGUCUAUCGAACUGGAGCACAAGCUCAAGCCGUUCAUUCCUGACUUCAUUCCCGCGGUGGGCGACAUCGACGCCUUCGUGAAGGUUGGGAGGCCGGACAGCAAGCCCAGUCCCCUGGGACUGACCGUUCUAGACGAGCCGUGCGCCAAACAGUCGGAUCCCACCGUGUUGGACUUACAACUCAGGGCUAUCUCUAAACAGACCACAACCAAAGCUAUGCAGGUGAGCAGUGUAGCGCAGGCAGACAAGAACCCCAAGGCCAUUGAGAACUGGAUCGACAGUAUCAGCGAGCUACACCGCUCCAAACCUCCGCCCAACGUCCACUACACCAAGAACAUGCCGGACAUCGAACAGCUCAUGCAGGAGUGGCCGCCAGAGUUCGAGGACCUUCUGAACAGGGUCGGGCUGCCGACAGCUGACCUUGACUGUGACCUUCCCACGUACAUCGACCUGAUCUGUUCCAUACUGGACAUCCCGGUCUACAAGAACAGACUACAGUCUCUACACAUCCUCUUCACUCUCUACUCAGAGUUCAAGAACUCCCAGCACUUCAAGGUGCUGGCUGAGCAGAACAACAUGGAGAACCUACCCCCCCAGGCCCCCCCUGACGGGCAGGGGGGUGCGGAUCGGUGGGCACCAGGGGGGGAGUAGUGACAUAAGAGUAGCCAUAGUAUCUAGAUUUUCGUGGAACAAAAUGUCUCAAUUUUCCGCAUAUGUCACCAUGGUCACCAUAAAGUUGAAAGAUAUUUAGAAUUUGGGGCGAUUACUUAUUUUUUC